UUUAAAAAAUCUUGCCGCGUCACUGGGAUGCGGUCUCCGGAGCCGGGCACCUAGCAGCCUACCAUCCCCGCUCAUAUGCCCACCGCCGAGACAGACCAGUCGUCAUUUCCUCCACACACCAAAGAUGACCACUCCAUCAAACCUUACCCACGCAGCGCCACAGCAAGAGCGCUUCCUGGUAUUGUUUGACUUUGACGAGACCAUCAUCGAUGAGAGCAGUGACGAUGCUGUGGUGCGUGCUCUGCCAGACCAACGGCUCCCUGACUGGCUGAGAAACAGCUACAGGGAGGGGCACUACAACGAGCACAUGCAGAAGGUCUUGGUGUAUAUGGCAGAGCAGGGUGUGUCUAAGGACUCCAUCCAGUCAGCAGUGGAGAAUAUCCCACCCACACCUGGCCUCCUUAGGCUCUUCCAGUAUCUGCAGAGCCACCAGCAGGACUUUGAGCUGGUGGUGGUCUCGGACGCCAACAUGUUCUUCAUCGAGACGUGGCUGGAGCGUGCUGGGGUGCGCCAGCUUUUCUGGAAGAUCUUCACAAACCCGGCCAGUUUUGAUGCAACUGGUCGUCUCGAGCUGCUCCCUUUCCACUCCCACUCAUGCUCCCGUUGUCCUGACAAUAUGUGCAAGCAGGUGAUCCUUCGGGAGUAUCUGGCGGGCAGAGAAAAGGAGCGUGGCGGUACUCCCUUCCAAAGGGUGUUCUAUAUCGGAGAUGGGGCCAAUGAUAUUUGUCCCUCUCUGGCUCUGGGGCCCCGGGACACAGCCUUCCCCAGGAGGGACUUCCCCAUGCACAGACUGCUGCUGGAGAUGCAGCAGUCCCAGGCAGCCAAGUUCAAGGCUAACAUAAUUCCUUGGGGCAGCGGCGAGGACAUAGUGGACUGCCUGAAGAAAAUAAUGGAGGAGAGAUGAGGUGUGUGCGUGUGCGUGUGUGUGUCUGUACUUGUACAUGCUACAAAGUGAGGACCAAAAAAAAUAUUUUAGCAACAGAGUGAGGACAUUGUUGCAAAGUGAGGACAUUUUGGCCAGACUUGGUUUCAGGGUUCAGGUUAGACUUGGGUUUUGGUUAGGGUUCGGUUAGGUAUUUAGCUGUGAUGGUUAAGGUUAGGGUAAGGGCCUAGAGAAUGCAUUAUGUCAGUGAGGGUCCUCACAACGAUAGAAGUACAAGGUUUUAUGUGUGUGUGUGUCUGUGUGUUAAAGAGUGAGUGAUGAAGGGGGACAAAUACUGCAAAGGUGCACCAGCUCUAGUCCCGGUGAGCAACAGGAUAUGUGUGAUUUUAUCCCAGCUACACCAUUUGAAUCACCCGUUUUUAAAGGAAUAGUUCUUUUUUUUUGAAAAUGCACUUAAUUACUUUGUUAUGGAGGGUUAGAUUGAUUUAAAAAAAAAAGGUCUGCACAGUAAAUACAUAGCUGGUGUCAGCAGCCAGUUAGCUUAGCUUAACAUAAAGACCAAAAACUGGGGCAAACAGCUAACCUGACUCUGUCUAAAUGCAACAGAAUCUGCCUGCAAGCACUUUUAAAGCUGAAUAAUCAACAUGUUAUAUCUUAUUGUGUGAAUCCAUACAAAAACAAACAGAAGACAAUUACCGUGUUAUGUGGGGAUUAUUUCUUAUUAUUUCUUGGGUGGGAGCAUUUGCAAGGUAACCACCUGAGACUCCAGGAGUCACUGCACCUGGCCGAGAAAUAGUCCAGAACACAUGGUGCAUUCAUGUGGUGUUGGAAUAAUCAGUAAAAUGAGUUCCCAACAGGGAAAAGUCACUUGAACGUCCCCUCAAGUUGGAAAAACAACUCAGAAAGGCAGCAAAAAUGUUGGUACACAACUUUGAUGUUAUCACAUUUAAUUAGUAAUAUGGUUACACUUGUAACCAUUGCCCACAAAGAGUGCAUCAGAUUAGUUAGAAAGGUUAUUUAUUAGCAUUAACCAUGAUAAAAGCAAAGCAAUAUUUAAGUGGUUUUAGGGAAUGCAUUGGUGCAGCAAUAAGCUUCAAACUGUUUCAGCAUACUUGGAUUAAGUCCUCACUGGGACAUGAAACACUCUGAGCAAUAAAUACAACACAUCUUUGUAGCAUUCAUGUUGUUUUCACAUAACGACUAUCAAGCUCAAACAAACAGAAGUUGGAAAAACAACUUAACACAUUUGGGAAAUGGGACCAUACAGAGAGCUUGUGAAUGCAAGAAUAACCCCACAUAAAAUGAUUAAUUGUCAUUCUACCUCCCAUGGCCUCUCACCAGUUGGAUGUCCCUGGAAAACCUCUUAUCGGAGGCACCCAGGAGGCAUCCUGAUCAGAGCACACCCGAAGUCUGUAGCCAAGCCAUCCUACAGAGGAAACUCAUUUGGCUGCUUGUAUCCGGGAUUUCGUUCUUUUGGUCACCACCCAAAGCUCAGGACCACAGUUGAGGGUUGUAAUAUAGAUGCAGGGUCGGACUGGGAACAAAAUUCGGCCCUGGCAAAUUUCCUCUGGACCGGCCCCAUUGCUACCUGCUCUCCUCUUCUUGCCCUUGGCCUGUAGUGUUACUCCGCUGAUAUCAGCCUGCUACUGCUCAUCUGUCCACGUCACUCUUUCCUCCUCCUGCUCCUUAUUUGGUGCUGCAGCAGACUGUUGUAAUUGUCAUCACUGCUGCUAACGUUAAAUACACUUUGCAGCAUCAGCCUCGAGUAUGUCUUUCUUUUUGUCUCUGACUUUUUCUGCUUCACCUUUUUGUUUUUUUGUUCCUUUAUCCAUUUAGUUUGUAUUUUCAUUCUACUUACUCCACUCGUUCUGUCUUGAUUUCAUUCAUUUCCCGUUUGACCUCUCCUGCUUCACCUGUGACAUCACAUGAUGGACCGCUCCAUUUGAAAGGGUGGGGGGAGGUGAUGAUGGCCAUACCUGCCUUACAGUAUAAAUAGUCUACUGUCAGUUUUGGGACCGUGUAACCCCCAAUCAGAUGGGCCGUUCCAACAUCAGGUGGGCUGCAAUCGGCCAAUCUCUCUUUCAUUUUUUUCCCUACAAUUUUUUCUCCAACAUUGUUUGUGGUGGCCUUGCAACCCACAAGGUGGGCCUGAUUGCCCAUGGCCAGUCCAAGCCUGCAUAGAUGGACCAAUACAUUGGGAGCUUUGCCUUCCAGCUCAGCUCCCUUUUCACCAUGACCAUCUGACACAGUGCCUGCAUCAGUGCUGGCGCUGCGCCAAACCGCCUGUCCAUAUCACACUCCAUUUUGCCCUCACUUUUGAACAAAACCCUGAGAUCCUUGAACUCAUCCGUUCGGGGCAAGAACCCUCACCCAACCCAGAGAGAGUAAUGCAUUGAUGCAAAGAACCAUGGCCUCAGACUUGGAGGUACUGAUUCUCCUCCCGACCACUUCACAUUCGGCUGAUGAAGUCAACAGAACCACAUCAUCUGCAUAGAGUGGAGAUGCAAUUCUGAGGUCCCCAAACCUGUUUCAAUUCAGAUAACCAGUUGCAUAUUUAUCGUACAGACGAGAGAGCUUUAUUGGUCUUCUCGUCUAACUCUCAACAAGAAAGCAAAUAAGUGCAUUUCCCAUAAUGUCAAACUAUUCCUUUAAUGCAAGGCUGGUACUGGUAGACUGGUUUUAAGUGUGUAUGCAGUGUUAGAACUUGACUCCCGAUUGAAAGCAAAUAAAUGAGCUCACUUGUCAAGAUUAUCAUGAUCAAUAAUGGAGAUAAACAGUACUGAUGAUGCUCUAAGGUCUAGUUUUGAGUUUGAUCAAAAUGCUAAGGAUCUUAUCCAAAGCUAUGUCUCAUGUGCUCUGGAGUGACCUGAAUCCAAUGCAGUCAGCUCAUUUAAAACACUAUCUCCUUCAAUAUGAAUGUAAUUUACUUUACAUUUGACUAUCUCACUGUAUCUGAUGUUUUUGAGCAAUCCUAGCUGUGAAACUGUUUGUCACAGGUACUGUAACAGUGUAUUUUAGCGACCAACAGCAUCAGCUAUUCCAUUCUUGAGGGCCUUUUGUGUUGACAGGCUUAUUUUUGAAAACCUCGGCGAUGGAUACAUAAGUAGAUCAGGUGUUGUAGCACUACCCGGGACAAAAGACCACACAUGUCGUGUCAGGCAGGGACAAGGACGGCACAGAGCAGGGAUAAGGUGACAGAGACUCAUACACUGUAACUGUGCUCUCGCCACCACUCAUUACUGAUACCUAAUCUAGGGCUUGAUUAUACAAUGGUAAUCUACACCAGCAUGAGAUCCAAAGGGAACGCCGUAGCCAUACCCCUGCACUUUGGCUCAACAUUAUACCCUGUGACUCUGAAACAAUGAAACAAAGUGUAAUGCAAAGUACCAAUUGAGGAUUUUAAAUUGUAUUUGUGUAGUUAUUAGGUAGCACUUAAUGUACUCCCAGUGAAUAUAAGUAUUAUUAAAAGGCUAUUUGUUUAGGUUGAAGAGGAUUAAUAGUCUCUGAAAAGCCUUCUUUGUGUUUGAAUGUAUUCCCCGUAAGCUACAGUGUUGUGAUGAUGAAAGUUUCAGCUUCUUCAGCAUACUUUGCAUACUUAACUCAACAUGUAACCUCACUUUGCCUCUCUUAAUCCAUGACAGGGACUGGAAUAUAUAUUGAAUUAUAUGGGUAAGGAGCACUUGUAUUUGUUAAGGUGGUUUACAAGGACAUUUUUAUUCUGUUUGAAUUCACGAAAUUGUGAAAUAUCUUGUUUAUUUUUCCAUCCUGUUUACAAAAAGCUGUUUAAAUUCAGAUUCUAAUGGGGCAUGUAUACUGUGCAUUUGUUUAUUUUUGGAGCCCGAUUAAGGUUCCCAUGUUAGUAUACACACAAGUUAACAGUCACUGAUAUCAGUCCUGUGUAGUAACUUUAGGCCAGAGGUAGUAUUGAAUAAUUAAGGGUCUGUUUGCAUUCAUUUUUUAUUCAGAUACUGAAUAUCUUUUCAAGCCAUUGCAGUUAACAGUAAGAAAGUUUGGGUGCUGAUGAAAAGCAGUAAAUCAGAUAAGUAAUAAGCUUGUUAAUUGUUGAAAUUCUUCUAGCCUUAAAAAACAACAUUAUACUCUACAAGUGCUGGAAAUUUCCUUUUCAGUGUUUUAGUUUCUCAGGGAGUAGAGAAGAAAGUGUUAAUAAGCAAACAUAUUUAUAAAAAUCUGUUUAUUUGUUGCUCUAAGAACAAAAGAUUAAUUUAUGAUUAAAAACGUAUAGAUGUUUUUGAGAGGUAAUUAAUGCAUCUGGACUCCUGAAAUUCUUUGAGAUCAAAUUCUAAUCCGCUAAUGCUUUGUGAUUAGGAGUCUAAAGUUCUGUGAGCUUUACUCCUUCUGAUGCUACACGUAUUAGAAAUGUAACAGAGGAGAUUUUUAAUUUACUUUAACUGUCUGUGUACCUGUAAAACUUCCAUGGAGUUUUGUGCAAUAAUGAAAUGUUGUAUAUUUGAUAUGAUGUGAAUGAGAUUUAAGGUUAAACAGGAAGAAAAACUUGACAUUUUACAUUUUCAGGGAUGUGAAUUGACCCAGAUCACCAAACUAUAGAGUUUUUUAAUGACAUUUUAAAAUGGUAUUAUGGCUUCUUAACCAAAUAAAAUGAUGAGUUGUUGGGACUCUGACUGACGAAUAUGCUACUUUUUUUCCUUUUGUGGUUUGAUGUAUCUUGGGUGUGUGUGUGUUUUUGUGUGUUUUAAUUAAAACUCUCAUGUGUAAUUCAUCAGUGUAACAGGAAUAUAAAGCCAUUAUCUGAUUAA